ACAGAACUGUCUCUCCUCAGCAAAAUGGAACGCCCAGUGAUUCUGCUGAUAAAGGAAAUAUAUUAUCCCGUUCUUGCAACCAUCGGUUUUCCUGCAAACAUGAUGACGAUUGUCGUUCUUGUGCGGGGAAACUGCGGCCUCUCUAAAUGUAUAUCUGUCUACAUGCUGGCCAUGGCAACAGCAGACCUGCUGGUCAUCAUCAAUAAUGUAAUCGUUUAUAGCAUUCUUAUGUACCACUUUCCAUUGUCUUUUCUGUCUCAUACACAUAUUUGUAAGUUUAUUUUUUACAUGGGAUGUGUUAUUUUAAAUAUAUCAGUUUGGUUCACUGUUGCCUUCACUUUUGAUCGCUUUGCCAUCAUCUGCUGUCCAAAAUUUAAGACAAAGUAUUGUACUGUGCGAAUUCCAGUCACAAUUAUAACUGUGAUCUUUGUAUUCAUGUGGAUCAAGGAUUUCCCCAUUUUCUUUGCGUAUGAACAUGAACACAUUAUUAAGAACGUGGAAUGGAACUGCCAGUCAAGUGUGACAUUCUUUUCCUCAAUUGCAGGAUUAGCAUACAUCUGGUUUUAUAGUAUCUGUUUAGUUUGGCUUCCUUUCAUCUUAAUUGGCUUGUUUAAUGCACUGACGAUAAGACAUAUUCUCGUGACCAGUAAAGCCCGCAGAGGGCUUCGGGCUCACACAUUUGACAAUCAUUAUGAUCCAGAGAUGAAGAAUCGAAUGAAAUCCAUUGUUUUGCUCUUUGCUAUCUCUGGCAGUUUCAUUAUGUUGUGGUUGACAACUGUGGUAAACCUUGUAACAACCAAAGUCACAAACCCCAAUUAUUACCGAGGAGACCUUGGAAAUCCAACUUACAUCAUCGUUGAAACUGGAGCCAUGCUGAGGUAUUUGAGCUCCUGUUCAAAUACAUGCAUUUACGCAGUUAUCCAGAGAAAAUUCAGAGAAGAAUUUCUGGGUAUUCUCAAAUUGACCUGUGCAUUCAUUGUAAAGAAUUUAAAAGUGAAGAGAGAUGAUUAA